UCAGAAUAUUCGAAUUUUAGGGCUCCUGAAACCUUUCGGACCCGAUAAAAUCCGACAAAAGUUGGAACAAUUUCGGCUCGAAUCUUCCCCCAAAUUCAUUGCAAAAUUCCAUUUAGGAGCGUUCGAAGAUCCGAAGCACCAAAAUGAAGUUCCUAGAAUACACGCCCUUAGAGCGAAUAAAUGUUUUUCUUAGCCGUUUAAAUCUUGGAGAGCGUACCAUCAAAGGCUGCCUUGAAGCUUAUUCUUGCAAACACACGGGAACUGAUAAGAAGUUGUCUCUCAGUUUGGAAAACGAGAUCCUUGAUUAUCUUGGGAAAUCUUCAGAUACAGACUCUUGUUCGCCAGCUGAAUUGCUUCUGAGCAGAUCAAGCCGGAAGACAUUGGUCUACCUGGUUCUCACACUUUAUCAUAUGUAUCCGGAUUAUGACUUCAGUGCUAUGAAUGCUCAUCAGUUCUUCUCAGAGGAAACCUGGGAUGGGUUUGAGCAGAUUUUUGAUACCUAUAUGUUUGAAUCAUCGAAGGAAUGGACCGAGACAAAUGAGGGUGGCUCUCUUUUUGAGACUUUGUACAAGGCUCUGGACGAGGUAGUGAAAUUGGCAGACUGUGAAAUAUACUCUUACAGUCCAGACUCGGAUGGAGAUCCAUUUCUUGAAAGAGGAGCCAUAUGGUCAUUCAAUUUCUUCUUCUAUAAUAGAAAACUAAAGCGUGUUGUGAGUUGCUGUUUCUGCUGUUUAAGUAAUGUGGUGGCAGAUGGAUUUCUCACGGAUGAUCUACGAUAUGAGGAAGAUGGAGAAAUAUUUGAUGUUAUGGACAUGUAAGGAUUACAUGUUGUAAGUGCUGCUAUAUGAUAAUAUGUCAAAAAUCUUGACAUACAUUCGUAGCUGUGUAACUUUUUAGGCUUGUACGUUUAUGACACCGAGUAGUAGUAGGUUUAGGUCAUGACUCUCUUACGUAUAUGGUUUCUAGUCCCCUGUAGAUACGAGUGAUGCUAUGUACAGGAACUCGUCUGUAUGCACGUUCCAAGUUGAUACGUGUCAUUUUCUGUA